GUAUUAAGACGUGUUGUAGCCUUAGUUAUGGUGAUAGCUUGAGGCUCGUUAAAUUUUGUGUAUUCUUUUUUUUUGUAGUGAGAGAGAGCUGUAAAUAAAAUAUUUGAAGCAACAUCCAUCUCAUCUUUUGGUGAUUUAUACUAUAUAGCUAACGAUGGCUAAAGAGAAAAGAUCCAAGAAUGCCUUGAGGAGAGAUAAGGCAAAGCUCCGAAAGUUGAAUAAUGAGCCAAUAAAGGUUAACGAUUCUAAGAAGAUAAAUAGUAAUGAGAAAACUGAAAAUGAAAUUCAAACUGAUACCGAAAAGAAUGGAAUUCAACCACCUCCAAUAGAACAAGAAAAGGAUACAGAGGACAUAAUAAUUAAAGAUAAUGAAUUAUUCAAACAAUUCCAGGGUGUAUUCAAUGCGUUCAACUCAAAAGAAAUUGAAUCCAAGCCCGAUGCAAAACAACAAGAAACCAAAGAUGAGAUCUUCUACAAUAGUGGAUCUGAUGGAGAAUCCCUUGAAGACUCAUCUGAUGAAGAUGAUGAACAUCACAAACCCUUAUCCAAAAGACAACUCAGGAUCAGAAAUAAAGUACCGUUGGCUCUAUUAAAAGCUUCUACGGCAAGACCACAAAUAGUAGAUUGGUAUGAUGCAGAUGCAGAAGAUCCAUAUUUAUUAGUAGCAUUAAAAUCUCAACCUAAUUCAAUCCCAGUGCCAGGUCAUUGGUCAUCAAAAAGAGAAUAUUUAGCUGGUAAAAGAGGGAUUGAAAGAUUACCCUUUGAACUUCCAGAAUUUAUUCGUGAUACAGGUAUCAUGGAUAUGAGAAAUACCAAUGAUCAAACCAUACGGCAACAACAACGUGAUAAAGUACAACCUAAAAUGGGACGAUUGGAUAUUGAUUAUCAAAGAUUACAUGAUGCCUUCUUCAAAUAUCAGAAUAAACCCAAACUAUUUGGGUUUGGUGAUGUUUAUUUCGAAGGUAGAGAAGUAAAUGAUGAAUAUUCUGAAGAUGUUUUGAAAUCAAAACCUGGUAUAGUAUCUCCAUUAUUACGUAAAGCAUUAGGGAUGCCUGAAAAUAAUUUAAAUAAUCCUCCUCCUUGGAUUGAUAUAAUGAAGAAAAUGGGUAAACCACCUACAUAUAUAAAUUUAACCAUUCCUGGAAUUGAUGUUGAAUAUAACAAUUCAGGGUAUAAGGAUAAGGAUUAUGUUCCAGUGGAGAAAGAAGCAAAUUGGGGUGCUCUUGGAGAACAUGAAGAGUCUGAGGAAGAAGAAGAUGAUGAUGACGAAGAGGUGGAUGAUGACGAAGAGAAUGAAGAGGAUAAUGAAGAAGUAGAAUAUGAAGAGGAGAGUGAAGAUGAUGAAUCUAAAAAGGAAAUCACCGAAUUUGGAGGUGUUAAAACCGAUUUCAAAUCAAAUGUUUCUGCUGAUCAGUUUCCUGAACAACCGAGAUCAUUAUUCACUGUUCUUAACGAAUUAGGAAAAGGAUAUGAUAUACCCGGCGAAUCUAGCUCAGAAUCUAAAGAAAAGAAAAAUCAAGAGAAUGAACAUAAUAAUGGUCAUAAAGAAGUAAACUCAACCGAAUCUAAUCUUGUUAAGAAUUUCAAAUUUUGAAAAUCUUGUAUAGUUAAUGUACAUAUAUUUAAUA